AUGCGGCGACCUUGGCGAUCGAAACCCUCGGUCGCCGCGUGUCCCCCACCCGAAAAGACAGCCCCAAAUUGUCAGAACUUCGCCACAUGCUACAUGGAGCUCUGCAGACAGCAGAAGCUGCGACCACUUCCUGUCAUCUGCGUGACCCUCCCCCACAGCCUGGACUUCACGACUGAUCGAGUGAAGAUGGACGACUGGGGGCCGAUCCUGCACUCGCUGUCUCUAGACAGAACCCUAAAGUCGGUGAGUGUCCGAAGCAGAUACCAGUGCCGCAAGCCUCUGGAGGAAGUCACCUCAGCGGACAAAGCCAGAGCGAUCGGCAAAGCUCCCAUUGUCUUGACCCGCUACCUCCUGGAGUGGCUGUCCCACAGUGUCGCCCAGUGUGUCCGGAAUUCCCCUGCACUAACAUGUCUCGAGCUGGAAGGGGUUCCCCUCCCUGACGACUGUCUAGCCGCCUUGUGCGUGGGAUUAGCUUCCACGGAAACCCUCCAGCAUCUGUCGCUGAAGCGGUGCUACAUUGGGGACAACAGCUGUGCCCUGGUCUGUCGAACGAUCGCUGAUGUUCAGAGCAUUCGAUCCUUAAACCUCAGUCAGUGCGACCUGACCAGCUACUGCGGACCUGCGCUGGCCUCAGCCUUGUCCAGGCAGAAGCUUCUGCUUUACCAUGACACGUGGAAGGACUCCCUCAGGUACAGAGAACCGAACAUUGACGCCAUGCCAGGAUUGAGAAGACUCACUCUCAACGACAAUCCGCAUCUGGGGGAUUCCGCUGUCGCCGAAGUCAUCGACGCCAUUCAGGACAGCUUGUGGCUGAAAGCUCUGGAUCUUCAGCACUGUGGCCUGACAGACGCCAUUGGGAACGAUAUCCUUCAGCUGUUGGAGCAGAACACCACUCUUGAAGUAGUGGAUCUUCGGGGGAAUGCCAAUUUGAGCGACGAUAUCGUUGGAGAAGUCUUCAAACGACUCGACUUCAAUCACACUGGAUGCAGACUGGAGUACAGGUACUUCAAGGUCUUGCAGAGGGACAACAGAGCUAUUUCGGCUGGUGAUGACCGACGGGAGAGGACGGAAGGGAAUUCUGCCUUGCACAGGCCGAAAAGCGCAGUUACGAGGAACAAACGAUCUUGUCAGGCGAACGCCUUGCGGAAGGUUCCUCCGGUGGUUUUGGCUCCUAAAAGAACGAAGCUCAAGCCGCCGAUCCCACACUUUCCUGUGCAAAAUGGCAGGGUGAGGACUGGGGCUGUUGAAGCGAAACCCACGAAGCCGGUGAAGCCGCUGCUUCACCUGGACCUUCAGACACAGAUAAAAUCGACGAUGGAUGAGGUAGAAGGGACAACGAUCGAAGACGAGAGCGAGGGGUAUCGAGAGGAGAAGUCUGCAGAGCUCGAGGAGCUACUCGCGCACUUGGCGAAGACUGAGGGCUCCGAGGAGAAGAUGAUGAAUGAGAUGAAGCAGAUGGAGGUCCAGCUGAAGGAGGAGAGGGCCCGACGAGAGGUCGCGGAGAUGAAACUGCGACUGAUGAGACGUGACCUGGAAGAUCUUGAGAACUCCCUCAAAGCCAAGGAGAUUGCGACUCGCGGGUAUCUCCUCAUAAGCCAGAAAUCUCUGGACGAAAUCGCCAAGUCCUUUGAGGAAUUGCUGAGGAUGCUGGAGGACGGGGCAGAACGGAGUGCUGGCUGGAGGGAGACGGAUGUCCAGGCGAGGGAAGUGUUGAAGCGAAAGGUGACGUUGCUCCUGCGUAAGACAAAAUCGGAGAAGCUUGAGAGGAGUAUUUUGGAGCCGGAGUCGCCAACGAAGGGGGUCAAAUCCACUGGGGACGUGAGCACGACAUCACCGCCUGUUCCUUCGCAGUUGGAGAGACAGGUUGGCGAUACUGGCGAGGGAUCGUUGAUGGAGGACAGCUGGAGGAGACAGGGGCUCGUGAAAUCGUCUUUCUCGCCUUGUGAAAGGGCAAGGGCGCUCUUCAAACAGAUCAUCAAUGGCGAUGUCGUUCUCAAUCUCCACAAUCGGAUGAGUUAG